AUGGGCUAUUCUGAGUUAAGCUCAGGACUUCCAGAAGACAGCUACUCUUCAGGAGGCGAAGCCCUGGAUGGUGAUGAUGAAGAUGAAAUGGCAGCCCUUGGCAAUGCAGUUGAAGAGGCAGCAAACUCCAAAGCUGGCCCAAGUGCAGGAUGGGCAGAUGCCAUGGCAAAAGUGCUCAACAAAAAGAUUCCACAAAAUAAGUCCACCAUCUUGGCCAAGAAUAAAAAACUGGAGAAGGAGAGAGAAAAGGAAAAACAAGAAAGGCUGGAGAAGAGGAUGAAGCUUGAUAAAAAGCGGGAGUGGGAAAUGAUGUGCCGAGUGAAGCCAGAUGUUGUCAAAGACCGAGACAGAGAAAGAAAUCUUCAGAGAAUUGCCACGAGAGGUGUUGUACAAUUAUUUAAUGCUGUCAGGACGCACCAAAAGAACGUUGAUGAGAAGGUGAAGAAAGCUGGGAGCUCUGACAGGCAGCGUGCUAAACUGCUGUCAUCUGUUUCAAAGAAAGAUUUCAUCAAUGUUUUAAGAAACAUGGAGGGUGCUAAAGGAAGCAAGAAUCCUGCUGGAAAGGCCACAAAAAGUAAACAGGGUGAAGUGAAGUCUGAAGAGAGGCCAGAAUGGAAUAUACUGCGUGAUGACUUCAUGAUGGGAGCAUCUAUGAAAGACUGGGACAAGGAAAGCGAUGCAGAGGGCAAUACUGAACAAGGAGGUGGUCUGAAACAAGAAGAUGAGAGUGACUGAAUGGAACUGAAAACCAUUCAAGAUAAUGUUUUAUCUUCUUAACUUUGUUUGGAUAGAAAGUCAGCAUUCUGUGAAUGUACAAUGCUUGGAGGAUAUCUCUCUUUUU